AGCUGUCAGUGUAAACCCAACUGUCGUUUCGUCACCACGUGUCUCAUUUUCUUGUCGAUUCACGUUUGUUUCCAAUUAUGAGCUUUUAUGAUUAUUACUUUCUCCACGCAUAGUAGUGUUGUUUCAUGUUUAUGAACUUGUGACUUAUGUGUGUUAUGUUUUAAAGUGACAGUACUUUAGUGACUUUAUAGAAGGUUGUUUGAUAAACAAAUAUGAUGAUGGACCAGGCACAUUUCGGAGAAUAUCUGCUGAGACAGCAAAUGUUGCAUGCAGCAUCUUUGAGUGGCCUUCAGCACAGAGUGGGAGCGGACGCAGAGCCUCCCGCCUGUGAGACGCGCCUGCUCAACGGGGAGCUGUGGCGUCGCUUCCACGACAUCGGCACUGAGAUGAUCAUCACCAAGGGGGGGAGACGCAUGUUUCCAUCGCUCCGCGUCUCUCUAAGCGGGUUAGACCCUCGCGAAGAGUACUGCGUACUACUGGAACUGUCCCUGGUAGGGCGCCGCCGCUGGCGCUGGGCGGGCGGCGCCUGGACUGCGGCGGGCGGUGCAGAGCCACAGUCUCCACGUCGGCUGAUGCUGCACCCUGACUCCCCCGCCCCUGGACACCAUUGGACAGCCAAUCCAGUAUCGUUCAGCAAACUCAAGCUGACGAAUAAUACCAUGGAUGCACAGGGACAUAUGGUGCUGACGUCGAUGCACAAAUACCGGCCGCGCGUGCUGGUGGUGCGCGCGCGCGACGCUGCGGCGCUGGCCUGGGGCGCGCCGCACGCCUCCUUCUCCUUCGCCGAGACUGAGUUCAUCGCUGUCACCGCUUACCAGAACGACAGGAUAACAAAACUGAAGAUCGACAACAAUCCAUUCGCGAAGGGUUUCAGAGCCUGUGGUCAGUCCAAGUGCAAAAGAAAGAACGUGGAAUCAGAUGGCAGCAAUGAAACUCAAAAUGAGACUACUGACGCCAAACGCCCGUGUUCAGAUGCAGCGUCUUCCUGUUCCGAAGAAGGCAGCCUCCGGUCUUCAUCGCCGAGAUCUCCGCCAUUAAUAGAUUCGCCAGCCCCCCUCGUGGUACCGGAGAACGUCAGUCCUCCACCCACAUUCUACCCCCCUGAGUUACCAUACAUGAAUCCUCUACAUAUGCCGAUGCCUUUAGGAAUGUGGCCUGCCAACACUUUAGCGGGUAGUUUCCUAAGUUCUUCAUGGGGUGCUGCACUCCCCCCUCCCCCUGCAAACCUCCGUUCACCACCACCCCCCGCUCCGUGCCGACGCAUCAAAAGUUUUACGAUCAGCGCUCUACUGGGCGAAGGCUGAUCCCACUUCUGAAUUUUAGAUAAUGUUUUUUAAUUUAUCCUGAUUUCUGUUAUGGAAAUCUGACGGGCAUAAUAUGCAAUAUUUACAUUGUAAUGUAAAUAAUUAUAUCGAUGUUACUUCCUAAAGCUACCUCGUAGAUAGAUGAUAAUUGAUAACGAAUAGGGUUGAACUUACCCGACUACGACAAUGAACGGUUUUUAGGGCUGUAGAUAUCUUUUUUGUCUGUUGUCAUAGUCUUUUUUGAGGUUAUGACAAAUCUUAAGAUCGAGACAGACAAAAAAACGCCAUGAAAAGUUGUUAAUAGAUAUGUAGGUUACACAUUAUACAUAGUAGUCGGGUGCGGUUCUCAAAGUUUAGGUAUAUUAUUAUAUUUUAUGUGAUAAAUGUGCCUUAUGCAAACUUAAUUACCUAUUAAUAAUAAGCUAGCUGUUUGUUUAAAUAAACUAUGUCUAAUUUAUGCACUUUAAUCUAAGUGUAGAUAAUGUACAUAGAAACUAUUAUAAGAAAGUUAAUAAAUUUUUUAAGUAAUAA